GCAAUUCACUUGAACUAUCAAGAGAACAAACUCCUCCUGAAAAACCAACAGAAACAUUACAAGACUAAAACAAUGAACUCAACAGCCAUCCUGUGCCUUGCUGUCUUGUUCUGUGCAGCAAUUGAAGGCUCUCCAAUGCCUGGCAGGGGCCGUUGCCUUUGUCUUGGAGACGGUGUCAACUUUAUUCAGCCAAGACUCAUUGAGAAGUUAGAUGUGAUUCCUGCAUCAAUGACGUGUGGCAACUUGGAGAUUAUUGUUACACUGAAGGACAGUGAAGAGCUGAGAUGCCUGAACCCCAAAUCUAAGUUUGCACAGAAUUUCAUUAAGAAUGCAAAGAGACGGUUCCAGCAGUAGACUGUAACAUCAACAAGAGAAGAACAACCUCAAAGAUUUUCAAAAACUUUUUCGAAGACCCCAGAACAAAGAUCCAACAGCCCUCCAAGAUUCUUAGAAACUGUUUGUUACCCUUCCUCUUCCACUCUGAAUAAAGUGUAUUCCUAAUGUAAAUAUCUGGAAAAAUGAGAAAUUUAUGAAUUUAUGAACAUUUAACUUGUUUUUUUUCCCUGUUAAAAUAACAAAACCUAAACCAAUGUAUAUUUGUACAAAUAUGGUGUUAUUUAAAAAAUAAAGUCUUAACUUGUUUAUGUAGAUAGAUUUGAGAGAGAAAUGACUGUAAAUGAAUCAUUUCAGAAGUCUGAAUUCCAAAUGCUGAGCAUGUUGUAAAUCGGGGUGUGAAAACAUGUACUGUAUCUUUGAUCUAUCUAUUGUAUAAAUUGUAAAAUGUUCUGUACAUUUUUUUUGUAAAUAAA